AUGAUUUGUCAAACUAUAGACUGCCUCCUCGAGUCUUCGUUGAACAACGAUAAAGUCAUUCACAGCUUACAAGUUGUAACAGAUGAUACAAGGAAACAAAUAAACAAUAUUAAGACCGAGGGAACCCAACCAGGGCAAACCGACAUUCUUCAAAUGCUGGAAAAGCAAAUAUAUCUCCUCCAGAUGCACCAGGCGGCCUCUGAAGACGACCUUGAGCAACAACAACUUCAUGACAUUCUGACAAUUAGCUCUGCUGAUCUACCAAAUGAACAACAAGCUGGGGACGCCCAGGCCCCGGAGACGCUGGGGACGCCCAGGCCCCGGAGACGCUGGGGACGCCCAGGUCCUGGAGACGCUAGGGACGCCCAGCCCCGGAGACGCUGGGGGACGCCCAGGCCCCGGAGACGCUGGGGACGCCCAGGUCCUGGAGACGCUAGGGACGCCCAGGCCCCGGAGACGCUGGGGACGCCCAGGCCCCGGAGACGCUGGGGACGCCCAGGCCCCGGAGACGCUGGGGACGCCCAGGUCCUGGAGACGCUAGGGACGCCCAGGCCCCGGAGACGCUGGGGACGCCCAGGCCCCGGAGACGCUGGGGACGCCCAGGCCCCGGAGACGCUGGGGACGCCCAGGUCCCGGAGACGCUGGGACGCCCAGGUCCCGGAGACGCUGGGGACGCCCAAGCCCCGAGACGCUGGGGACGCCCAGGUCCCGGAGACGCUGGGGACUCCCAGGCCCCGGAGACGCUGGGGACGCCCAGGUCCUGGAGACGCUAUGGACGCCCAGGCCCCGGAGACGCUGGGGACGCCCAGGCCCCGGAGACGCUGUGUGUAA